UGAGUGACCCUUACAAGUCCUUCUUGAUCCUGAAGUGGAAUAGGUGCCGCUGUUGCUGCUUGUGUUGAAUCCAGAACCGUAGCCGGACAUGGGGCUGGAGGACGAGCGAAAUAUGCUGGCUGGGUCGGGAGAUCCCAAGGAGGAGGAAGAGGAGGAGGAGGAAUUAGUGGAUCCCCUAACAACAGUGAGAGAGCAAUGCGAGCAGAUGGAGAAAUGUGUAAAGGCUCGGGAGCGGCUAGAGCUCUGUGAUGAGCGUGUAUCCUCUAGGUCACAGACAGAGGAGGAUUGCACGGAGGAGCUCUUUGACUUCUUGCAUGCAAGGGACCACUGCGUAAGAAACUGAGGCUCAGAGAAGAGAAAUGAUGCCCUGAUUUGCACUGCUAAACAGUGGGGAAGCUGGAUUUUGUACUUUUAAGUAACAGGCUAUUCUUUCAAAUAAUUUAUAUCCUCCAGUGUGUCUUGUGCAUAAUAGUUGGUCCAAAACAUUUUUUUUUUUUUUUAAGUAAACUUGUGUUUGAGGCUCUUACAUAUAACAGUAAGAUAUUUUAAAUAAAUUACAGGGUAGGCAAAGUUUGAUAUGGUUGCUUAUGUUAAAACUGAUUGGGUAGAUAAUAAGCAUAUGAAAAGGUGCGCAACACCAGUGAGAGGGGCCUGGUGGUGUAGCAGUUAAGUUCACACACGUUCCACUUUGGCAGCCCAGGUUCGCCGGUUCAGAUCCUGGGCACUGACCUACUCACCACUCAUCAAGCCAUGCUGAGGUGGUGUCCCACAUAGAAGAACUAGAAGGACCUACAACUAGGAUAUACAACUAUGUUCUGGGGGCUUUGGGGAGAAAAAAGAGAAAAAGAGGAAGAUUGGCAACA